ACUUUCCCUCCCCCUCUUUCUCACUUAUCCACGAAUUUGACACGUUCAUCGUCUUUUCCUUUUCUCCACGUGUGUGACAUCUUUCUCUGCAAUAAACUUUAAAAGAAAUGUCGACAACAUGCACGCUAUCCCAACCUAACGCCUUCAAUUCGCCAUUGUUUUCUGUACCCACUUCCAAAAACUUCCGCCCUCAUUCCAAUCUCGGUUCUAUACUCCCUUCGUUCCAGAAUCCCCCCGAUUUCACAGAUUUCGAUCACUCAAAUCUCUAGGUUACUAAAUUCCAUAGUUUGCGACUUGCUCUCGCCCAACGAAAAUGUCUUCCCCUAGCAAGAGGAGAGAAAUGGAUGUCAUGAAGUUGAUGAUGAGCGAUUACAUCGUGGAUACACCAAAUGAUAGGCUUAAUGAAUUUAGUGUGGAAUUUCACGGGCCAAAAGAAAGUUUUUAUGAGGGUGGUGUGUGGAAAGUUCGUGUUGAGCUGCCGGAUGCAUAUCCAUACAAGUCUCCUUCAAUUGGAUUCGUGAACAAAAUCUUCCACCCCAAUGUCGACGAGCUGUCUGGAUCGGUUUGCUUGGAUGUCAUAAACCAGUCCUGGAGUCCAAUGUUCGAUCUUUUAAACAUUUUCGAAGUCUUUCUUCCUCAGCUCUUGUUAUACCCAAAUCCUUCUGAUCCUCUCAAUGGCGAUGCUGCUUCAUUGAUGAUGAAGGACAAGAAGCAGUACGAAGAAAAAGUUAAAGAGUACUGUGAGCGUUACGCAAAGAACAAUGGUAAAUCCGUAGCUGAAGAAGACGACAGCGGUGAGGAUGAAAUCAGUGACGGACACAAACAGAUAGCCUGCAUAGACCAAGCCAAGAUUAGUAUAUUGAUCACAAAUGUCAAGAAGCCGGCCACUGUAUUCCAUUUUGACCAUUUCCAGCCGGCUAAUCUUGUAACUUUAAGAACAGAAGAUCAAAGUGUAAUUCAGGCACUGGUCACAUUCAUGGAUAAACUCGCGCCAAUGCAAACCACCACAAACUGGGGAUGGAACAUUUCGUCGGACCCAUGCACAAGUAGAUGGGUCGGGGUUACUUGCGAUGGAAGCAACGUAACUGUAAAAAAAAUCGUCCUUGAGAAUCUUAAUCUAUCGGGAACACUCGAUCCUGGUUCACUUUGCAAGGUGAGUAAUCUUCUUGUACUUAGUCUCAACUUCAACAAUCUCACCGGAAUCUUGUCGCCUGAGAUUUCAAACUGUAAUCGUCUCACCCAUUUCUACCUCACCGGAAACCGUUUUUCCGGCAAUCUCCCCGAUUCCAUUACAAACUUACCAAAUGUGAAACGGAUUGUGAUAUCUAACAACGAUUUCUCCGGCGACUUACCGGAUUUUUCAAGAACCACAAGUUUGUUAACGUUCUUAGCACAGAACAACCAGUUCACAGGUCAACUUCCGGGCUUCAAUUAUAAUCAAUUACAAGAUUUCAACAUUGCAAAUAACAAUUUCACCGGUCCGGUUCCCGAUGACACGGGUCGAUUCGAUGGCAACAGCUUCGCGGGUAACCCGGGGUUAUGCGGGAAAGUGUUGCCCCGAUCGUGUCCGGUUAAAAAGAAAGAAAAAGAGUCAAAAUUACGGGAUUUUUUUAUUUACUCCGGGUAUGCGGUCCUGGGGUUUUUAAUUGUUGUUCUAGUCACAAUCAUGUUAGUCAAGAGAAAGAAGAGGGGGCAAAAUGAAAAGACGGAUUUGUCCCCGAAGAACAGUUCACGAAGCGGGCGAUCAAGUGAAUCGAGAAAUAGCAAGAGGUCGGAAUUCUCGUUGACAUCGGUUGAAAACGGCGGGGUUUCUACUUCGAUGGUGGUUCUAUCGAGUCCCGUGGGUAACGGGCUGAGAUUUGAAGAUCUGCUUCGUGCACCGGCUGAAUUGAUUUCAAGGGGUAAUAAUGGAAGUUUGUAUAAAGUGAAACCGGAAGGUGGGGUUUCUCUUGUUGUUAAAAGGAUAAAGAAUUGGAAGAUUUCGAAAGAUGAAUUCAAGAAAAGAAUGCAGAAAAUUGAUGAAAUAAAGCAUUCAAAUGUGUUACCAGUUGUUGCUUAUUACUCUUCAAAACACGAAAAGCUUCUGGUUUAUGAGUAUCAGCAAAAUGGCAGUCUCUUUAGACUUCUCCAUGGAUCACAAAACGGGCAAAUUUUUGAUUGGGGUAGCCGGUUAAGUCUCGCGUCUAGUGUAGCCGCGGCAUUGGCAUUCAUGCAUCGGGAGCUUCAAGACGACUUGAUCGCGCACGGAAACGUAAAGUCAUCCAACAUUUUGCUAAAAGAUGACAUGGAGCCGUGUGUAAGCGAGUAUGGGCUAAUGCCAGCAAAUCACCAGGACCCGGGUCCCAGUGACCAGGACCCGGGCCCAAGCAGGACCCAAGAUCGCACAACCACCGGAAAUUUCAAGGGUGAUGUGUAUGGGUUUGGUGUGGUUCUGCUUGAGUUGCUGACCGGGAAGCCGGUUCAGGACAAUGGGUCGGGUUUAGUGACGUGGGUGAGGGCUGUGGUUCAAGAAGAAUGGACAGGGGAGGUUUUUGACAAGGCGUUGAUAGUUGAAGGGGCUAAUGAAGAAAGGAUGAUUAGGUUGUUGCAUGUGGCGUUAAAUUGUAUUAAUGGUUCACGAGAGGCGAGACCGAUGAUGGGUGAGGUGGCGACGAUGAUAUUGUCUUUGAAGGAAGAAGAAGAGCGGUCUAUGACCUCUUCUGACCCGUGAUGAUUGUUAAUCAGAUAAAAAAUUUAUGAGCAUAUUUAAUUGUUGUAAAAAACUGAACACCAUUGAAUUAUUUAAUUUCACGAGCUUAAAUAGUUAUGUUAUGGUAUCAAAAAAUCUCAUUG